AUGGCAAAUCAAAUACGUGAUAGUAUUGCUGAAAAAUUACGUGAUAAUGUGUACGCGUUAUUAGCGGAUGAAGCAACAGAUGUUAGUCAUAAAAAACAAUUAUCCAUCUGUCUUCGUCUAAUUGAAGAUCAAUAUCAAAUAAAAGAGUUCUUCAUGGGAUUUGUUCGUCUUUAUCGAUUUGAUGCUGCUACAUUAGCAAAAGAAAUAAGGGAUUUCUUAAUAAAUCACAAUAUUUCGUUGUCCAUGGCUAAUUUUUCAGCAAUUAUUCAAGCAUUACAAGAUUUGAUACAUGACGGAGGUGGUCGUGCGAUUGAUGCUCGAGGAGUAUCCACUGAUCUCGGUAGUGCACAAAAUCUCAUCAAUACAAUUUAUGAACCAUUCAAUCGUAUGAGAAAUGAAAUUUCAUUUAAAGAUUUGUUUCAACAAGCAAUAGCAUUUGGAAUAAAAAUGGUGUUGAUAUUGGUGGAUCUGUUCGAAUCGACGUCAAACAACAAUUUCGCAACGUUUUAA